AUGGGGAAUGGGGGGCGCUACGGGUAUUGGGGGCGAGGGCGGCUGUCGGAGAGGCCUGGUCGGGUGGGAUCGAGACGAGAUGAGACCUGGAAAUGGCUUUUUCCAGUUAGUCCCGGCGGGGGCCAGGGCUCUGUAGGAGUCUCCCGGGAGCCUGGGCCGGCUGGGACCCAGAGUCCCCGCUCCUUCGGAAAGCAGCCCCGCCAGGCGGGGGCAGAGGCGGCGUGCAGAAGUGAGGAGAAGGAGGACGAAGACGAAGAAGAGAUACUCACAUCCACUCCUGGCCGGAGCCCGCGGCCCCGGGCUCUCCCCGAGAAGAGGCACAGCUCCCCUUGGCUGGCCGAGGGAGGCGGGGAGGGGGAAGGGGCGGAGCCGCUGUACCAGAUCCAAAUGAAAUCAGAAGAGGCUCUUGCCUAUUAUGAAGAAUCUUUGAGGUAUACUAAAAUUAGUAAAGGUAAAAAGAGUCCAGAAUGUAUCCCAAUAUUGAAGGAAAUGGCAACUGUGGAACAAAUCCUGGGAAAUUAUGACUCGGCGAUUGAUCAUCUCAUACAGGCACAUCACAUCAUCCAGAAGCAACAUUUUUCCGUGGAAGAAAAAACAAACUCGGCACUCUCAGUUGCCCAUGCUGCCAUUGCCUCUUCAAAAGCUGAGCAUAAUGAUGUGGCAGAUCAAUAUUUCCAAAAGGGUAUGACCAUCCUUAAGGAAGCCAAAGGAAUAACCAAUGACAAAUAUUUUGCAAUUCAAGAUGAAUUUUGCCAUUUUCUUCGCAAUACUGGUAAUCAGAAGAGAGCAACUCAGAUAUUGAAGGAAUCACUAGGUGCCAAAGUAGCGACAUUUGGGAAUAUCAGUCCCGAAGUAGCAGGGACUUACUGUCUCCUUGGAGAAGCAGACCUGGCACAAGGAGACCAGAACAUGGCAUACAAGAAAUUUAAGAAGUGUCUUCAGAUUCAGACUUUCUUAUAUGGAUCUCAAGAUAAAAGGACAACAGCCACUCAGCAGACUCUUGACUCGUUAACAAAGAUUAUAGAGGUUACAGCAAAGCAGAAACCAAAUAAUAAAGCAAGACCACCGUUUUGUGCCGUUAUUCCACAACACUCCAUUCUAGGAAGAACUAAAAGAAAUAUAUGUGACUGAUUGUUCUGACCUUUCACUAGUAUGAUUUGAUAAUUUGAUACAACUGAGUAUUUCUGUUUUAUUUAGGUGCCAUGUGUGCACUCUCUGAGAGAGAGUAAAGAGUACAAUAUAAUACAAUAUCCAUUUAUUAAGUGCCUACUGUGUGUUAUAGCACAGUGCAGCAAGAGUAGUUUAAGAAUGGCUUCAUUGCCAUAACAUAUACUGACAGGAAACAGUGAUGUGGUGAAUUGCCCAGGGGUCAUGUUUUUACAAUCGAGUCUCUUAGAAUAUUUUUAGGAUAUAUUUUUAUAAAAGAGUUGGAACCACUUCAGUGUAUAUUUCUUGCUCAUGGAAAUUCUUUCUGUCCAAUCCUUUCAACAUUCAAAACUGCCCAAAUAAUAAAAUCAAUGUUUUGAGCUUUAAGCUAUAGCCAUUUAUGUACUUAAUCUGAUUGAACACAUUAGCUUCUUAUGCAGGUUUGGAGUUGGGUUUGGAGCAAUAAAAUCCAGUAAAAAGCCUUUUUACAAGAAGGCAAUAGUGACUGAGAAUGGAAUGCUAAUAAAAAGGGAACUUGAAACUA